AAGUGGUAAAAUGAGGUUUUUCUUGGAGGGAAUGCAGAACUACAACGAAUUAAUGGCGGAAUGGCAGAAGAUGUCUGAGUAAUUUCUGGAAGAAUAUUUCUGAAGCUGAGGUACUGAUUGGAGCCUUAUUUCAGAUAAACCUUAUGUGGAUAUAGUUACAGCUCAGACUGUACACCGUACCGGCAUGCUCGCAGUCUCGACGACAGAAUGAAAGCAGACUAGGUAUACGUCGUUAGCAAGGAAUAUCUCGAUUCGUCAGUGUGACCUGUCCAUCAUUUUGUAUCCUUUGUCCCUUUGAAUCACACUGAAUCCACUAAAGAAAUAGACAAGGAUGACUGCGUCCGUUCUGGGUAGUUUUUCCGUCCUUAAGGAUCAUGUCAAGCUAAAAGUCGUGCAGGACGCCCCUGUCAUUGACAACAUCGUUUUCAGACUGCAUUAUCGAGCCACAUUCGUCCUACUCUUGAUUGGAUCUCUGCUUGUCUGUUCCAAGCAAUUCUUCGGAGAUCAUAUAAAAUGUAUGAUAGAUAAAGAAACGGAUAAAAUACUGAGCGCUGUUGUCAACUCGUUCUGCUUCUUCUCCUCCACUUUCACGAUCACAAAAUAUAUGAACGCUUCGUACCUGAAUGCAAAUCGUAUACCCCAUCCUGGAGUUGGUCCCUACACUGGGGCAGAGGAGACGGUACAUCAUGCGUAUUAUCAGUGGGUGCCAUUUGUCCUGUUCUUCCAAGCAAUCAUAUUCUACAUACCUCAUUACCUCUGGAGAGGAGCCGAAGGUGGUCGUUUGAAGAAACUCGUUUCUGGACUACACAUGGCAGCUCUAUCCCUCCAGGACGAGAAAAUAGAGGUGUCAAAGGACGUAUCGAUUCCCUCGAAAGCCGAUCACAUGAAGAAAAUCCAGCUUAUUCGAAAUUACUUCGUCGCCAAUCUUCGCGUCAAUCGAACCUGGGCUUACUACCUCGGUAUCUGCGAGACGUUAAAUCUUGUCAAUGUGAUACUGCAGAUUUAUCUUACGAAUUCCUUCCUCGGUGGUUCCUUUCUGGAUCUUGGUGUGCGCGUUGUCGAGUACGAUGAUUGGACCAGUGGGGUGUCACCACUGGACAUGGUAUUCCCCAAAGUCACCAAGUGUAUUUUCCACAAGUACGGAGCCUCCGGGGGAGUUGAGAAGUGGGAUGCUCUCUGUGUUAUGGCAUUGAACAUCGUCAAUGAAAAGAUUUACCUGUUCCUCUGGUUCUGGUUCAUCAUCCUCGCGCUUAUCUCUGGAGUUGCUGUCGUCUGGAGACUUGCCAGCAUGUUCUUGUACUCAAAGAGUGAUCGUUUCAAUCGUGUACUAUUUUCUAUGGCCUGUCCUGGCUACUCCAAACCCUGGUAUGCCCUCCAAAUGGUUCGCGACUAUCACUUCGGCGACUGGUUGUUUCUGUACUACAUUGCCAAGAACCUGGACAACUACGCGUUCACAGAGCUGCUGUCGCAGUUGGAGGAGGAAAAGACGAGUCAGGGUGACACUCAUUACAAUCAGGCACUGUCCAUACUGGAAGACGGCGAGACGCUUUUCAAGAAGGUUUAGAGAGGGUAUCAUUGAAGGGCUCCUUACUUUUAAUUCGUUUAUUAGGAUGAAACGAAGUUUAUUAUCUGAUAAUUUUUUUUUUUUUUUUGAAAAUUGAAUCCGAAAGAAUUUUUCAUUUCUCUGAGGAAUUCCGUGGGAGUUCCAUGAAAAUUUGUGUUCACAUUAUAUCGUUUUUUUGGGCUAAUUUUAUUGACAAAUAAUUACGCUAAUUGGUCGCGUGUUUUUCAGUUUAUUUGUGAUAGAAAACUUGAAUUUCGAAUUUAAGUCCUCACACAUUCCAUAUUUUUAAGGUUUGAUUACAGUAGCAGUUGUUGUAGAAGCUGUUUCAACUAUGAUUUUUCAUGCUUCGUUAGUUAUUUCCAGUGGGAUUCGCCAAUGAUUAGGAAUUAGGUAUUAAUGGUGCUCAUUAGAAUGUAAAGAAAACGGUUUACGUUGGGAACAGUUCAAAUUUACCUAUUCUAUAAAUCGUAUGAAUAUACGAAGUGAUAUUUUUCUAUUAAUAAAAAAUAAGAGGUAAGUGUGACAUUGAUUCUCGAAUUGCUGAAUACGAGAAUACGCUCAGAACUCUUGCGAAUUUAAUAGAAAUAGGGACAUACAAUAAGAAUGGAAAGACUGUUUAAUUUAUAAGAGAAUAAAUCGCGUAGUGAUAACAGCCAUACGACAAUUCGUUCGCUCAUAAGAAUACCAAUUCUCGAUAGUUUUUUUGUAUUAACAAAUAAAUAUGUAAUUUCAGACA